CAGUGACGCUGCCCAUACCUUACAGAAAGGCAUCGCGAAUAUUGCCCAGCGCCGAAGAGAGUGAUGGCGGACUUUCUCAACCUGGAUUCAAGAGGCAACAAGCUCAAGAAAGAGCAACAGAAACGUCGAGAUGCCGCGAGGCUGAGAAUUCAGAGAGAAAGGCGGAGUAAGGAAGCGGCCGCGAAGGAUCAGGCGAGAAUCGAGGAGCAGAUUAGGGCGAGAAAGCUCGAGCAGCGACGGAAGGAGGAAGAGGCGAGGAAGCAGGAAGAGGCGGAUCAAAUCCGAACUGCCGGCAUCAGCUACAAGGAGUCUCUCCUGGCGGUCACAGCGGAUGGCGAGGGGGACAAGAUUCUCCUGCCACCAUCCGCCCUAGAAUGUCUUUCCAGGCAGGACGCGGUUGGCCUUGGACCCAUGCUGUUCGAACUCACGUGCACCACCUCCGGUGCCGCUCCCACCUCUCAACAGCAGCCGGAAAAGGCCCCGGCAUUGCAAGGCGGCACGAUUACAACAACCCGAACGACGCACGCCGGGGUGUUGGAAUUCGUCGCCGACGAGGGCACCAUCGGACUUCCUCGGAAAGUGGUGCUCAGCCUUUUGGGGGCUGCCGCACACCAGGUGCCGUCCCGCACGAGCGACGAAAACAUCAGUGCGAACGACGACCCAGAAAAUGCGAAGGCUGAGAGGCCGGCGGUGGAAGGGCUCGAGAACGUGGUGGUGAGGUAUGUCCGCCUCGCGAAGGCCACUUUCGCGAGGGUGGUGCCGGAGACGGUGGGGCUGUCCCAGGUAUCGGAGCUGAGAGCGAUGUUGGAGCAUAACAUGCGCAACCACGCGACGUUGACGGUUGGGGAUCACUUGAGCGUGUGGAGACGAGGAAAGGAGUUCAGCCUGAAGAGUGAAGACUCCCAUUCCCCACUCACCCCCGAACGCGAACCGCCACUAACAAUGCAGGUGGUUGAGCUGCGCCCUGAGCCUCAGGUAACCGUGAUCGACACCGACAUGGAGAUAGAGCUAGACUUGCCGGAAAAGGCGAGAGAACAGCUCCAGGAAAAGGGUGCGCAAGACCGAGCGAAGACCUUGCGCGCGCACAUGGGCGCCGCCACGAUCUCAUCCCGUGGCUCUUCCCCGACGCAGAGCUUGUCCCCGCCCCCAUCUGGAAGAGGAUAUGCCGUGGGGGGCAAGGGUUCAUCAGUAGCGGCAGGUGGCAGGGACACCAGCACAACCGGGCUUUCCCCGAUGGAUGACAGCGAGAGCGAUGACGAUUCAGACCUCGACUCCGAUGACGAGCGAUCGACACCCGGAGGCCCGAAGAAAGGCGCCUUCGACCUCGAGAAGCACCGCCUGGCCAAGUUCCAGCAACUCCCGGAGGAGCCGCCUAGAGACGAGGAAGGCGUGUUCACCUGCCAGCUAAGGACUACCGAGGGGAAGUUCACGAGGCGCUUCCGUUUCGCAGACGCCUUGGGGGUGUUGUUAGAUUUUUGUGAAGCCCAAGGCGGCGUCCCGGGUCAGUACAGGCUGGUCAUGCCGUUCCCGAGGAGGGUUUUGACAAGAGAUGAUGCAUCGGCGGGCACGACGUUGCACGAAGCAGGGCUCACCUCGAAGCAGGAAUCGGUGAUUUUGGAGAGACUCUAG